UAUUCUUACUCCACCUCAUUCCCAAGGAGACCAAUAAAUAUUUCGAAAUCAUAUUGUGUUCGCUUUUAAGGCGGAUUCCAAACACAUACAAAAAUCGUUAAAAUGUUGAAAAUAAUAAUGAUGAAACCAAGAAAAAAUACUAUAAUUUUAUUGAUAGUUUGUAUUGCUAGUUUAAGAUGGGACGAGAUUUAUGCUCAAACAACUUGUAAAAAUGGCUUAGGUCGUGUUCUAUACGAACGUCUACCCAAUCAACAGUUACAAGGCUAUGACGAUGAUGUGGUACGUGAUACAGCUCCACCCUUUCGUGUGCUAGAGAAAUGUCAAGAUCUUUGUUUACGUGAUCGCACCGGCACCAAUAAUUUAGUGCGUACUUGCACUAGUUUUGAUUUUCAGCCAGGCAGUAGGAUAACGGCAUUUGGCGGCAACAUGGAAUACGAAGAGUCGUUGUGCUAUUUGACAUCUGAGCAGGCGGGACCUGAAGGUAUUGGCAGUUUAAUGUUGGUGCCGAACAGUGUACAUUUCAAUGAGAUUUGUUUGACAUCUAGCCGACCGGAAAGAGAGUGUCCUAGUCGCAGUUAUGUCUUUGAAAGACAUCCACGAAAGAAACUUAAGUUGCCCAUAUCGGAUAUUAAAGAGAUUACCGCCGCCAAUCGUUCAGAUUGUGAAGAUAAAUGCCUCAAUGAAUUCUCGUUUGUAUGCCGUUCCGCUAAUUUUGAUUCCACGAUGCGCUCCUGCACCCUAAGCAGAUUUACACGUCGCACACAUCCCGAACUCUUAGAGGAUGAUCCCAAUUCAGAUUAUUUAGAAAAUACUUGUCUCAAUGCUGAACGUCGUUGUGAUGGUUUGGCUGUGUUUGUCAAAGAGGAGAACAAACGUUUAGGCGGACCAUUUGAGGUGGACAUAUUUAAUAAUAUGACUUUGGAAGAAUGCCAGACAAUGUGUUUGCGUGCUGAGAAAUACUUCUGUCGUUCGGUGGAAUUUGAUGACCAAACUAAACAGUGUAUUUUAUCUGAGGAGGAUUCAAUUUCACAAAAAGAUGACAUUAGUAUAAGUUCAAGUCCAACACAUCAUUUUUAUGAUCUUGUCUGCUUGGAUAACCAACGUGCAACAGAUUAUCCGGAUAACUCAGUGACAUCUCAUCUGUUCUCUAGCGGUAGACGGCCAGAUACAGCAUUUCAACGUUACCGCAAUUCCCGUUUGGGCGGAGAAUUUCAUUCCGAGAUAACAGGACGAUCAUUAAGCGAAUGUCUGGAUGAGUGUCUAAGACAAACCAGUUUUCAAUGCAGAUCAGCAGUGUAUAGUGAUCGUUUUCGUACAUGUCGUUUGAGUCGUUACAAUCAAAAAGAUGGCAUGCGUAUAAUUUAUGAUGCAGAUUAUGAUUAUUAUGAAAAUUUAAUGCUUAAUGUGGUGGGAGCAAGCAAUGAUAAUGAUGGUCAUGGUGCUAGUGGCAGCACGGGGGGUAAUGCUGCUGGAGGUUCAAGUAAUGGCCACCGACCUUCCGAUCGUCCUGGUAAUAACUGGAAUAAUAAUCCCAAUAAAAAUGAAGAUCGCUAUGGUGGCAAUCGCUAUGGCCCAGGUGGCAGCAGAGUACCCAGUGAAACACCCAGCACUUCGGAUGGCUAUGGUCGUCCGCCUUAUGAUCGUUAUCCAGACUCGGGCUCUAAUGAUUAUGAUCGUUAUCCGGGAGCUGGAGGUGGUGUGCCCAGACCUGGCUUAGGGGAUCGUUAUCCUGGUGGUGAUUAUAAUGAUGAUCGUGAUCGUAAUCGAGAUAGGGAUAGAGAUCGUUAUCCUCCUAGUGGAGGAUUAUAUGAAGAUGAGCGUUAUCCUUUGGAUAGAGAUCCCAAUCGCUUUCCUGGUGAUCGUGACAGGGAUCGUGACCGCGAUCGUUUCCCACUGGGGGAUCGUGGACGUUAUCCAGCUGAUAGAGAUCGAUAUAUGCCUGUAGGUGAUAGAGAUCGUUAUCCUGCAGCUGUAGAUAGAGAUCGUUAUCCUGGAGCUGUAGACAGAGACCGUCCAACCUAUGACGAUCGCUAUCCCGAUCGCAUGCCAGGACGUUAUCCUUACGAUGAUGUUAUGCCACCAAAAGAUCGUUAUGCUGACCGUUAUCCCGAAAGCAAUUAUAAUGAACGAUAUCCUAGUGAUGGUCGUUAUCCGCCACGUGAUCGUUAUCCUUUGUAUCGUCCGACAUCUGGUCGUUAUCCUCCCGUUAAAGAUAAUACCUUGCCUAUGGAUUUACCACACACUAGACCCUAUCCACCCGAUGAUGAUGUUCCCUAUCGUCCUUAUUUGCCUGGUAGCCGUUAUCCGGAUGAUCGCUAUGGUGGUCGUUAUCCCUCUCGCUAUCCACCUAUGCGGGAUUCCUUAGGCGGCGGCUCACCGGGUCGUGAUGCUCCCGAAGGUUUUCCUGAUAGAAGAUUUAGACCUUCUUCAUAUGAAUCACGCUAUCCUUUAGCGCCUGAAGGUCCUAGAGGACCCGCUCCACCUGGACGUUACGGUCCAGAUGGACGCUAUCCGCCCGAAGAAAUCAUACAUAAUGCCAGACGACCCGAACCAGAUUCGGCCAAACGUUAUCCACCUCCACCAAUAGUGGAACCAGCUGGCAAAUAUCCUCCUACUUCGCCCAAUCGUUUACCGGUAGGUACAGACCGUUAUCCCGUUGAUAUAUACAAAUAUGGAAACCGGUUUGGUGGCCCUAGUGCCGGAGAUGUAAGACCAGGAUACAAACGACCACCUCCUCCUCCUCCAUACUAUGACAUGGACUAUGAGGAACGUUAUGGCGAUCGUUAUGCUCCCUAUGAUCGUGAAUAUGAAAGACCCUUAAACCGUAGACCUGUCGUAAAUCCGGGAGGAAGCGGAGGUUAUGCGGGCUAUGACAGUCCCUUCAAACGUCCCUACUAUGGUGGUGGUGCUGGUGGAGGUGCUGUCAGUUCGGGAACCUUAACACCCUUGCCAAAUGAUCAUCCCAUACCAGGAGCUUUACCGCCACCACAUCCUCAUCCGAUAUCACCUUAUGGAGCCUCUGGGCCUGUAGGUAUUCCGCGACCACCCAUUACACGUUGCGAGGAGAGUGAUAACUUUAAGCAGGUAGCAGCACGCCACAAAAUGAGAAGACAUUUUAUAAGAAGAUCACUGGUGGUGCCCUCGCUAAUACAAUGCGAACGAGAGUGUGUAGAAUCAAGGGAUUUUGUGUGUAGAAGUUUUAAUUAUAGGGAUUCUGUGGCCUCCAAUUAUGAUGAUCGUGAUGUACCCAAUUGUGAGCUAAGUGAUCGUGAUUCUCGUGAACUAGAUGUUCAUGAUCCCAGCUUAUUUGAUGCCGCCAAUUAUGAUUUUUAUGAGCGCAGUAUGGGACGUAGUGAUGGUGAAUGUAUGGAUGUUACACAAACUUGCAAUGAGGAGGGCAUGGAAUUUACUAUAAGAACUCCAGAUAGUUUUAUGGGUCGUAUAUAUACCUAUGGCUACUAUGAUCGCUGUUUCUUCCGUGGCAAUGGCGGCACUGUAAAUGUCUUGCGCAUCAGUGGUCCUCAAGGUUAUCCCGAUUGUGGUACCCAAAGAUAUGGUGACACUCUAACCAACAUUGUGGUGGUACAAUUCUCGGACAAUGUACAAACUAGCCGUGAUAAACGCUAUAAUUUAACUUGUGUUUUCCGUGGACCUGGUGAAGCUGUUGUUACUUCUGGUUACAUUGGAGCUGGUCUUUCUGAUUCCGAUAGAUCGGGCAGUCCCAUACCCAUUGAAUAUUUGCCAGCCGAAAAUACUUUAAGCUCUAAGGUGCGCCUAAGUAUUUUGUAUCAAGGACGACCCACUACCACCAUAGCUGUAGGAGAUCCUUUGACAUUCCGUUUGGAGGCUUUAGAUGGCUAUAAUCAUGCUACGGAUAUAUUUGCCACAAAUGUGGUGGCCAGAGAUCCUUAUUCGGGCAGAAGCAUACAACUUAUAGAUCGUUUUGGUUGCCCGGUGGAUCCUUAUGUCUUCCCGGAAUUGGAUAAACUGCGUGAUGGCGAUACUUUAGAGGCCCGCUUUAAUGCCUUUAAAAUUCCCGAAUCAAAUUUCUUGGUAUUUGAAGCUACUGUACGCACUUGUCGUGAGGGUUGUCAGCCGGCUUAUUGCCCCGGACCAGCUGGUAGACAGGAACCUUCAUUUGGUCGCCGUAGAAGAGCUUUAAAUGAAACCGAGCUUUUAGAACAAGAGCAAGUGGAAGAAGAUGAAAAUGAAAAUGUUGAUUCAUUGGAACCAGUGGCUGAACGUUUAAUCGAUGAAAUGUCCGAAUUGAAUACAACAACUGUAACAGCUACUUUGGGAGAAAGUAACACAAACAACUCCACCGAAAACGAACCCGAAGAACCUGAGCAAGUUAGAGAAAUGAUAGAGGUCUUUGAAAGCCGCGAAGAAAUCGAAAAGGAAUCCUAUCCCCGCAAACUGGUGGCUCCCGUGGAAACCGUAUGCCUUACACCCUCAGAAUAUCACGGCCUUAUAACAGCCAUUAUUUUAUUAAUGAUUUUACUGCUAAGCAUUACCUUGGUUUCCGGUUUGGCCUACAGACGUUAUUGGAAAACUAUGUCCAAAAAUCGUUUAGCGGAUCGUCAUUCACCCAUACAUUCGUUGGGCCACUCCUCAUCGAUGCGCACUCAUGAGCGCUUUAGCGAAAUCGGUCAUAUGCCCAAUGGUUCGGGCAGUUCGAAUGCCACCACUACGUCUUCAUCGAAUCGUGCAGCAAAUGCCUUCCGUUCAAAUGUUUCCAUGUUUGGUGGGAGUCUUCAUAAGACAUUUGCUACUGGAAAUUUAGCACGAAUGUGCCAAUUGCCAGUAAUGAAUCCCAUGCGAAAUCAAACAAACGGACCCAAUCAAUUUGAAGAUCCCAGUGAACCCAUUUACACAGAUCCCUCUCUAUUCGAACGUUCCAGAUCUCUACGCAGUCUCAAUAUAGAGGGUGGCGAAGCAGGAGAGAACGAUCAACACGAUCGCCGUAAUGAUGUCUAA